AUGAUUUAUGUAUUAAGUUGUAAAUUGUAUAUAUUAUUGAAAUUAAAAAAAGAGAUGAAAAAGAAAAUCUAGGUAAAAAGGAAUAAGAAGGAGAUAAUGAAAAAGGUGAAACCUGAAUUUGACAGUGCUGACUAAUUGUCACGAAUAGAACUGUAUAAGAGACUUGAUCAGAAUAACCCUUUGAAUCAAGGAAUGCGACCUUAUGAGGGUUUUAAUGGACCCAAAAGUACUGUGAUUAACUAAAUUAAGAGGAGAGAUCGAUGACUGAUAGAUUGUGUUUGGUUUUCUUGUUAGUAUUCUUUUGUGCGACAGUGUUCCACGGAAUAGUACUAAUUAGUUAUGGGAACAUAAAUAGAAUAUCGAAUGGUUAUGAUUUUCGAGACGAGAUCUGUGGGAUAAAUGGUUUGAUUAAUCUGCCUUAUCUGUAUUACUUGCAGCCUUCAGUGGAUAUGAACGUAGCCAUGUGUGUGGAUGAGUGUCCUUCAUCAACAGGUAAAUACACUUGUCUGUAUUCGAUCGAUCAUUUCACAACCACCAACUUCUGCUAUGUCCAAAUGAGUUCGACCAAGAUGGCCAGAUAUUGCAUCCCCAAAGAACCUGUGAGCAGAAAAAUAGUCGACGAUUAUUUGAGUCAAACUGAACCUUACAUCAAGCGUACGAUGUCUGAUAUCCUCUUGAGUCUUGAUUUGAUAAUAGCAUCCAUCGUCUUAUUGGGAGCAUCAGCCUACUUUUUAACAUACCUGUUGAGUUUCCCAUCCAUAGUAAAAUUCCAAGUUUGGGGACAAAUUUGGUUGAGCAUCAUAUGCUUUGGAAUACUCUCCUACCUGUUUUACAGAGAAUACGAGAGAGUGAUCGACACCAGAUGUCUCUAUAAAAUCGAUAAGCAUCAAUGCGGAGGAGACAGAGCCACAUUGUUUUAUUUAGCAUGGAUCGGAACUGCUGGGAUUGGAUUGCUCUUUUUAUUCAACAUCAUGAAAUUGUUCAACAAGAUCAAUUUGGGAAUCAGUUUGAUUAAGACUUCAGCUCAAAUUGUGCUUGUUCUGAAACAAUUGCGUUUCUUCGCCAUCUUUGUAGCUUUCAUAGGAUUUGUUCAAUUAGGAUAUUCCUGCAUAGUCAUUUUCUAUGGUAUGACUAUUGGAGAACGAUCGACAGUUCAGGCUCUCAACAUUAAUGGAGACGCUGUCAAAAUAUUCACAACCACUCAAAUCUACUAAUUGUCAUUGCCAUUUUAGGCCUUUAUGAUAUUGUUCUUUUUGCUCUUUGUGAUGAGUGUCAAUGAAAUGUUCAAUACCUAUGCUUUGAGUGUGUGGUUCUUCACCAAAAGAAAGGAUGUGGUCCAGAUUCCACUAUUGGUUGUAUUAAGAGAAUUACUCCUACAUCAUCUUGGAUCUUGUGUGUAUGCAGUCUUCAUGGAGAUAUUCUUCUUUAUACCUAAGUGGAUCUUCUACACCAUCUACUAUUUUCUAAGCAGUUUGCCACAAGACUCAAUGAUUGUCAGAUUCAUUCAGGGAUGCUGUCUUUGUUGUUUAGCAUGUUACCAAAAUUGCUUAAGAUACUUGAGCAAACACGCCUUAGUCCAAGUGGCCAUAUGGUCUGAAGGCUACAGUGCAUCAUCCAGAAAAGCGUAUUUUUUAUUGGAUAGACACAAAGAAAAGAUUCAUGAUUUAGAUUUCCUCAUUGAGUUUAUCCUCUUUCUAUUAAAAUUGUCAAACAGUCUUGUUAUCAGUUUACCCAUUUACAUUUACCUUUCUGUAAGUGAUACCACUCUUCUGGGAGUGAAAGUAGCAGACAUUGAAAGUCCCCUCAUACCUACAUUGUUUGUAUUCUUAAUUGGGUUCUUUUAUGUCUCAGUCUUUUAAGUAAGUUACGAUAUCACUACUAAAUCUGUUAUACAAUUAUAUCUAGUGGAUAGAGAAAUGUUUUAUGGAGAGUAAAGAUUUGUUGAAGAUUUCAUUCAAAAGUUCAUGGAAUUCUAUGGGAAAAAAGAAGCUGAUUAAAUAAAGAUAAAGAGUAAUGCACAGAGGAAGUACAAUGCUCAAGUUGUACCUGAGAAUAUCAAUAAAGAAUUGGAUGAGCAAAGUUAUUAAUCAGAAGAACAAGAAGAAGAGGAAGAUGAAGAUGAAGAAGAAGAGGAGGAAUUAGAAGAUAUCAAUUUGUAGGAUGAUAACUCAAGUCCUGAUCUGGGCAAUAACUAUAAUGGUAAGAAUAAGACUAAUGCACAUCACAUCGUGGCUGAUCCAUUUUAAUUAGAUGAUGCAAGUGACAGUAGAUCUUAGACUUAAUGGAAAAGUGGUACAAAUUUUCAUAAAUGAAUUAUAAAGAUUAUUAAUUAUGUAAUUAGAAAAAGAUAUCAAGCAAUCUUAUCUAUACUAGUUACCUUUACAAAAGACAUGGAUGUUAUGGAUGGCACUUGCUCUAGCUUGCUUUCUUUUGUUUGGAGAUGCUUAUGCUUUUGACAAUCCUAUGGCUUUGUAAUUGACUAUCCAAACCGAGAUGAACCUCAACAACUUUCAAUUCAAUAUGCUUUAUUCAAUACAUUCUGCUCCCAAUAUUAUAUUGCCCUUUUUUGGAGGCAUCCUUAUAGACAAAAUAGGAGUGAGAGUAAGCAUAUUGAUAUUCUUGUCUAUUCUUAUUUUGGGCUAGAGUAUAGUAGUUAUUGGUGGAUACACAUUAUCAUACGGAACGAUGUUGGCUGGCAGGGGCAUUUUUGGUAUUGGCUCUGAAAGUCUGUAUGCAGCACAAGCAGCCAUAAUGACAUAAUGGUUUUAAGGAGGGCAAAUCAGUUUGGCCUUGGGCUUGUGCAUAUCAAUACCCAAAUUGGGAAGUGCAUUGAACAGUUUUGUCAGUCCUCAGAUUUAGGCGAAUCGUGGAGAAUUAGGAUUCUCUUUUUUGGUUGGACUUUUUGUAGUCAUAUUUUCUUGGGGAUGCGGAUUGGCUUUAAUCUAUUUAGACAAAAAAAAUGAAGUAUUGAUGGAAAAAUGGAAAGAGCUCAAUUUAGAAGUAGAUAAUACUGAACAUAAGGGAGCAUAACCUACUGCUUAAGAAAUGAGUCUAUAAAUUAGAAAAAGCGAAUCUACUGAAAGUGAUCAAUCAGUAUCUUUAUUGGAAGAUGAGAACGAUGAAAAAGAAGAAGAAGCAGCUCAUGAGGCAAAAGAGGAGAUUAAGCUAUCAGAUUUUAAAAAUUUCGAUGGUUCCUAUUGGAUAUUGUCAUGCAUUAUAAUGUUGAGUGAAGCACUCUUUGUUGCCUUUUUGGAUAAUGGAAAUGCCUUCUUUCAAGUCAAAUUCGGCUUUAGUUAACAAUCAGCUGGUGUUUUAUUAUCAAUCCCCUACUUAUUUGCAGCCUGUGUAACUCCAUUUGUCGGCAUCUAUAGUGACAAAAUCAGAUAGCGUUCCUUGUUGAUAAUUCUCACCACAGUCAUAUUUAUCAUCACCCAUCUGUUUCUUCUCCUCAUUUAUUGUGAUGUAACCCUAUAAAACGAUUGCAUAGUCUGCUUGUGGAGUGUCAGCCUUACCAUUAUUAUCAUUGGGAAUUUGCUAUUCUUUUUACUCUGCCAUUUUGAUUCCAUCCAUCCCCUUGGUAGUCAAAUCGCAAAUGAUAGGUACUUACAAAUAAACAUCAUUAGGAACUGCUUUUGGCUUGUUGGGAGCGAUGUAUAAUAUAGCAUUGACCUUGUUUCCACUCAUUACUGGAAGUUUAUACAAUAGUCAUUUAAUUAAUGAAGAAGGGCAAGUCGAUCCAUUUCAAGGGUAAAUACUAUGCAUAUCUCUAUUGUUUAGGUAUGUCUAUCAGUCCUAUUUCUUUGUUGGAGUCAGUUGUUUUAAUUGCAUUAUUGCCAUCAGUUUAUAUAUAUUCGAUAAAAAUGGGAACAAGAAAUUAAGUAGACUAAUGCCGAAGAGUAAAUGA